AUGCCUCGGAAGCUGGCAACGACUAUAAGUCAUUUUCUGAUGCAAAACACUGUUCACGAGGACGAUCGUUCCGAACUACAGCCUCAACAGGAACCCGCACCAGAAUCCACGCCCGACAUCCUAAUUGCGCGAACGAACGCUCUCACUCUCGAUGACCCGCCUUGUCCUUCAAAGCUUCGACCAGUCAUUCAAGUCACCAACCGCGACACCACAUCCAUCAUCCUCCGCUCCCUGAACCCGCCUACUCUACCUGACGAAUGCAGGCGCUUUCUCAGUGAUCGCCCGUCUUCCACCUCAAAUAUGAAGCCUCUAAUCCUGGCUACGAAGCGUGCUACCAGACACUUCAAGCUGCCUCCUCCCACGACGACUCUGCUUUGA